UGUCAAACGCAGAUAAACAUUCUCAAUGUCGAAGUCGUUCGUAGUUUUUAGUUUCUGCGAUGCGCUAAAAUACAAUAUUGAAUAAUUGUACUGUUGAAUUAUUUGCAAAAAAACUGGAAUAUAUACCUAUGCGUUGAUACAAAUUGUGAUAAACACAGUGUAUUGAUGUAAAAAGUUUAAUUUCUUGUGAUUGACUGUGCGUGAUAUAAGUGUGAAAAUGUCUACAAGCAGUGACCACGAUAUGAGCGAUGCCUCCAGCUCUCCCAUGUCGUUUAACAUAUACUCUCCUCCUCAUAGUUCUCCGUCGCAGCAAGUUCCUCAGCUCGCAACUGACCUCACUGAGCUGACUUGCGCUGACAAUAAGCGACAAUUUCUUAGACACGCCAUGAAACCAUUUCUGCGUAUCACGGAACAGCCUCAGAAUCACUUCAGAUUUCGGUAUGUCAGCGAGAUGGUUGGCACACAUGGAUGUCUGCUGGGAAAAUCUUAUGGCUCCAACAAAACAAAGACUCAUCCUACUGUUGAGCUACUUAAUUACAGAGGUAAGGCUCUGAUAAGGUGUCGUUUGGCUCAACACAACAACCCUGAUGAACACCCACACAAGUUGCUUGAAGAUGAACAGGAUCGAGACAUGAGUUACCUUGUUCCUGAUCAGGGAAGCUAUAAAGUCGGAUUCGGCGGGAUCGGCAUUAUACACACUGCGAAAAAAGAUGUGGCAGCACUACUAUUCAAGAAGUUUUCCGAACAAUGCAAGAAUACGAAUGUGAACUUGAAAGAUCUUCAAGUACAAUGCGAGAAUAUGGCCAAAACUAUAAAUUUGAAUAUCGUUCGCUUGAAAUUCAGUGCACAUGACACUGUUACUGGUCAAGAGAUAUGUGAACCUGUGUUCUCAGAACCUAUUCAUAAUAUGAAGAGUGCUGCUACUAACGAUUUGAAGAUAUGCCGCAUAAGUCGGUCCUCCGGCAGUGCAUCUGGGGGAGAAGAUGUCUUCAUACUUGUCGAGAAAGUUAACAAAAAGAACAUAAUGAUUCGCUUCUUCGAGAUGGACGAGAAUGGUGAAAGAGGUUGGUCUAGCUACGGCCAGUUUAUGCAGAGUGAUGUUCAUCACCAAUACGCCAUUGUUUUUAGGACUCCGCCAUACAAAAAUCCCGAGACUUCUGUCGAUGUGCACGUGUUCAUAGAACUAGUGCGUCCCACUGACGGCCGUACCAGCGAACCUAAGGAGUUCAAGUACAAAGCGAACCAAGCUUACAAACAGAUCAAGAAAAGGAAAACCGGAUCGUCUUACUGCUCUAUCGGUAGUUCUUCAAGUGGAUCUCUGAAAAGUGGCUGCGACAUUCCCAUAUCUGUUGUCAAUCAUCAAGCUGAAGAAAUUAUGGAGCGCGAUCCCGAUCCGACUUCGAUGUAUAUCUUGCCUCAGGUGCACAACCCGACUUCGCCGAACCAAUGUGAUCUUGGCAGCGCUCUAUUCUCAGCCCCUGGGUCUGAGUCCAGCAUGUCUCCGAUGUCCAGCCCCAUGUGGAGCGAGCCCCACAGUGUGAUGCUCCCGGAGCCACCCAUCGCAGACUUGAAGCUUAACUCCGCAGACUUCGAACAGAUCACAGCAACAAACAACGAUCCCGCCAGCCAUCAGAUACCAGAGGAAAUUAAAAGCUUUUUGAAUGAAUACAUGAAAAGUUACGGAGAAACUCUUCCUGAAGAAAAAAAUAGUAUGGAGUUUAUUCGUUCAUUGCUAGUCGCUGACUCGGGACGACCAAAGCAAGACGCGAAGGCACAUUUCCUGACACCACGAGCGCGUGAAGGCUUCCCCAAAGAUGAGGGCGAACUCAAAAAGUCGAAGACGGAGUACCCGGCAUUCUACAAAACGGAGGAUGGCAUCGAAGUUAAGAAGAUUGUAAAAGACUUGUGCGAAAUGAUCAGAAAUAAAAAGGGUUUCAAAAAGGCUGAAGUCAGAAGCCGCUUGGAGAGGUUAUUUGAAAUAAGACUGUCAAAUGGAGAUACAUUCCUCCACAUGGCAUUGUGCAGUAACCAGCCAAGUCUUGAGUACAUCGUGAAAAUAAUCCAUAGUGUUAAGGCUACGCACCUCCUUGAUUGUGCCAAUGAUAGGCAACAGACUACACUACACAUCGCCGUUGUCAAUGAUAUGCCGAAAAUGGUGUCUUUGUUUGUUGCGAAAGGAUCGAACCCAAUGUUAAAGGAUGACGAGGACCUCAAUGUGAUCCACUACGCCGUGAAGUACAAGUCGUGUCUUGAAGUCCUUCUGGACUCCAUUAAGAAGAACGAUGUGCCCUGUGAUUUGAACGAUUACAAUGGUGAGAAGCAGUCAGCCCUGCACAUGGCGGUGGUGUCGGGCUGGGCGGGCGGCGCUCGGCUGCUGCUGUCGGCCGGCGCCAGCUACAGCGUGCGCGACGCGUCCGGCCGCACGCCGCUGCACCUCGCCGCCUACGACGACCAGCUGCCCGUGUUGAGGACGCUGCUCGAAUUUAUACCCCCGAGCGAAAUUGACGUGAUGGACGACGCUGGAAACACGGCGCUACAAAUCGUCUGUGGCGGCACGACCGUCAGGGAAAAUUCUGUAGAAAUAGCACGACUGUUGCUUGAGAAGAAGGCGUACCCUCUGAAACACGAGGAUUGCAACGAGUCCGCGUGGAGACUUGUCAGGAAGAAGCCAGAGCUCAAAGAGUUGAUGAAGGCUUACGUCACGUCCGUAGAGUGCAUCGACGAAGACGACAUUAAGUCCGAACCGGAGGACGAUUUCGAGUCUGCUGACGAAGGCGAGUACUUGGAGACGGGUCUGGCGGAGCUGAGCGCGUACAGCCGCGAGGUGGCGGCGCUGGUGGACGGCGCGGCGGCGUGGCGCGAGCUGGCGCGGCGCCUGCGCCUGGACGCGCUGCUGGACUGGUACGCCGCGCAGCCCAGCCCCACGCUCACGCUGCUCAAACACCUCAAGGAGUCUCGAGAUGACAUAUCUUCCAAGUCCUUGGCCUUGAUUUUGGAAGACAUGGGACAAAUUGAAGCGGCACGUGUCAUAAGGAGAUAUAUCGAUUGACAAGACCCAGCGUACUAAAAUAGUUGUACUUUAAACUAGACUUUUGUAUUAAGAAUGUUGAAUGAAUCAAAUUGAUUUAUGUGAUAAUUUGGAUUUAAAAAAUAUAUUUUUAUAAUUAAAUUUAUUGGAUUCGAUAAAAAUAAGAUGUGAUGAAAACAAUGUUGUAAUGACAAAAUGUUUAAUGUUGCAUGUUGAAUGUUGAGUUAAGCUAUGAAACCAAAACACAAUCUUGUUUUUAUCACUAUUUAAGGUUUAAAAGCUUGACACAGAAAUAUGUUCUGUUACAGAAUUUCGUUUAUAACAAAGAAAAACUAUUAUUAUAAAAAGACAUGUUAAUAUCUGGGAGAAAAAGAAAAACUGUUGAAUAAAAAAAAAAAGAAAGUCUAUGGAAAAUGUUGCAUUUUUAUUGAUAGCCAACUAGUUGGCAGAUUUGUGGACAAUCAGGAGGGCAAUCUUUAACUUGCUUUGCUUUUUUAAUUGUACAAGUUCAGUUCACACAGUUCUGAAAGCACCAAAGUGUCUUACAUGUAUAGAAAUAAGCACAAUAAACAAUAAGUACAGUAAUUUUACUUUAGUACGACGAAGGAUUAGGUUAUAAUGUUUUCUUAAGUGUUAUCUUAAACAUUUUUCUUUAUAUGAUCGUUGGCUACCUAUUUUCUAUGUAAUACGUUAUGGUCGUCUCAUUUUUGUAAAAUGAUGGCCAUAUAAUUGUUAUAUGAGUAUUGAUCUCCAGAAAGCAGAAAUUCAAUGUUCAUUUAUUUUUAAGUUAAAUCAAUUGUGUAAUUCUUAUUUCUAAUCUAUAUUUUAAGUUACAUUUUAUUUGUUAAAACUUUUGUUUCAUUUUUUUUUUACAACUUUCGUGAAUCAUUUUCUUUGUACUAAAUUGUACAUUUUUUCUCAAAAUAUGACUAAUUAUUAUUGAUAUGAGCGAAUGUGCUAUAUUAGUUAUAGGUAAUUACGUUUACUCAAUAAUUUGACCUGUAUAAUAAAUUGUUGCUCAGUCGAAAAUACAAUAUGUAAUUGUUGAAGUCUAUGAUUGUUAAUUAAAAUCAUAAUAUGCAAUGUGUUGAGGCUUCAUUUACUUAUCUAUUGUAGCUUGAUACUACACCGUUAGUUUGUUAUUGUUUUGGCAAUAAUCUUUCGACUGUGCUGUUUUGCACGAACAUAACGGUCUUCAAUGGACAGAAUCAAGAAAUACUGGCCCCUAAAAUAAUUUUUAAUCUCCUGCACCCCAAAUCAAACAUUUUAUAAUAUGAACGUAUUUUUAAUUAAGACCAAAUUGUAAAAGAUUUUUUUAUUAAAAUAUUUUAGUUAAA